CUACGCUCAUGGUGUUGUACAUGGAACGAACAUAACCUUUUCAUUAAAUAAUAUUUAAACAAAAAUUGCAAUAUAAAUGUGAAUACAGAAUGGCUGAAAUAGAUAUAUUAAAUAGCGUAAUAUCUGCUAUUGAUAGCAAUACUAAAAAACCAGAACAAUUCUUAAACGUACAAAAUGAAAUUGCUCUAAAUUUUAAAGAUUCCAUAAAACGUUUGUAUGACUUUACAAAAGAACAAUCUGAGAGAAACACUAAUGCUUUACCAGAACUUGUAACAGAAGGUUUUGAUGAAGAACAGAUUUGGCAACAACUUGAAUUGCAAAAUGAAGGGGAACUUGGACAUUUUAUUAGCAAUGUCUCAAGGGUUUUAGCUAAAAACAAAAAGUUGACAAUACCAGUUAGUACAACUAAGCCAGGAAUUCAACAGAACAUUAAAAAAAACAUAACAGAGGAUGAAGAAAAUGAUGAAGAAAACAUGACAGAAGGAGAAACUUCAGAGGAUGAGGCAGAAAUGGAAAGUAUUUCACAAAAACAGAAAAAAGCCACAAAGAAACAUAAAAAGAAACCAUCAAUAGUAGAUGACAAAUUUUUUAAAUUGCAAGAAUUGGAUGAGUAUUUGAUAAAAGAAGAAAAAAAGGAGAAGCAAAGUGAGAAGAAUGAAGAUGAAUCUGAUGAUGAUGAUGAUGAUGAUUCAGUAGAUUUAUUUAAUGAUUAUUCUGAUAAAGAAGAUCAGAAAACUGAGGAAGGAAAAUUAUUGAAAUAUGCAGAUUUCUUUGACAGUCCACAAAGUGAAAAUGAGGAUCAUGAUGAUUCUGUACAUAAUAAAGAUACAGAUGAUGACAAGUCAUUACAUGACAGCAAUUUGGAUAGUGAAAUGGAAAUGGACAUAGAGAAUGAAUCAGCAAAUAAUAAACCCUCCAAGAAAAAAGUUACAUUUAAUCUCACAAAUGAUUCUGAUGAAACAGAUAGCUUAGAUAAUAAAAAUGUCAGUACAAAAGAAGAUACUGAAAUGAAAUCAUCUUUUGAAGCACGCCAGGAAAGACUGAAGAAAAGGAUUGAACAAUUAGAAGAGGAAGCUCUUGCUGAAAAAGCUUGGCAGCUUAAGGGUGAAGUGAAUGCAACAAGCAGACCACAAAACUCUCUGUUAGAAGAAUUUGUAGAAUUUGAUGUCACAACAAGACCUCCACCUGUGAUUACUGAACAAACCACAUUGAAAUUAGAAGACAUAAUUAAACAAAGAAUAAAAGAUAAAGCUUGGGAUGAUGUUGAAAAGAAGUUUAAACCAGUUGAAACUCCACUAGAAUAUAAGAAGAAGUUGAUCUUGGACCAAGAAAAGAGUAAACAAAGUUUGUCUCAGAUUUAUGAAAAUGAAUAUCUCAAACAAAAGGAGGCAUUAAAUCCAGAAAGUAAUGAGAAAGAGGAAGAAGAACCAAAAUUACAUAUUGAAAUUCGGGAAAUGAUGCAUUCCUUGUUUAACAAGUUGGAUGCCUUAUCUAAUUUCCAUUACACACCAAAACCAGCUAAACCAGAAAUUAAAAUUAUUAGUAACAUUCCUGCAAUUAACAUGGAGGAAGUGGCUCCAGUAGGAAUGAGCGAUGCUGCCUUAUUAGCUCCAGAAGAAAUUAAAGCUAAACCACGAGGUGAUCUCAUUGGUAAAGCGGAACGAACUAAGACUGAUAUGAAACGCGACCGAAGACGUAAGAAGACCAAACAACGUGUGCGACAACAGGCCACGGAGAAGAAGGAGAAACUAAACGCAUUGAAACCAGGAAUCGCUAAGAAAAAGAAGAACGAUGCAGAAUUAGUGAAGAAAUUGACCAACAAUCGAAAUGUGAUAAAAAUGGACGAGACAAAUUACAAGGUUCCAAAAUCGUCUACUGCAUUUUUCAAUCAGUUACAAGACCAAGUGAAAAGUCACAUCAAAGCAAAGACUGAUGCAGAUAAAAAAAAGAAACAAAAGGAUAACUUGUCUGCUGUUAAGCUGAAAUUGUAAUUUUUGUAUAGAAUUAUUUAAAUAAAAAUAUGUUGUACACGUUU